CCGGUCCCCGCUUUUGGUCGAAAUUGUGUUCCCGGGAUCGCUGCUUAUCCCUCGCUCUCCCCAACGGCCCAACCCCCGAUUCUUUUCCCCGAUCGCUGGAGGCCGACGAGAAGUAGCAGGCCGGAGAAAUCUCGGCGACGGCGGUGCUGCAGCCUGCAGGACGAUGACGGACGUCGAGGUCGGCAAGGCGGCAAUCCGGGAUGCCCUGAGGUCGCUGCGGCGGCGGCAUCAAGUCGAGGAGGGGGCCCAUCGCCCUGCCAUCGAGGCGCUACAACGGCCCUUCGCCGCCCACUCUUUGGAGUGGAAAGAAAAGGCUGAGAAGAACGAGUUGGAGCUGCAGCAGUGCUAUAAGGCUCAAUCCCGUUUGUCCGAGCAGCUCGUUGCCGAGAUAGAUGAGGGGAAAACAUCAAAAGCGCAGCUGAAGGAGAAUGAGACGCUGAUUAAAACUUUGCAGAGUAAAAACGAGGAAACUAGCGAAGAAAAUGUACAGCUAAAACAGGCAGUUGAAGAAAAGACAAACGCUUUAGAUCUUCUAAUUCAGGAGCAUCAGGUGGCUAAAGCCGAACUUGAAAAGGCGCUAACAAAACUGAAAGCUGUGGAGCAUGACAACAAGGAGCUGAUCAAACGAUGCAUGGAGGAGAAGAUGGCGAGUGCAGAGAGACUUAAUGAGGCAAAUGCAAUGUAUGAAGAGAUGGUUCUAAUGCAAAAGGCAGCUGGGAUUGGUGGAAUACAACACAAUGCAAAACAAGAAACCGAUGGCAUCAUUCGUCGAUCUGAAGCUGGGUACCCAGAAACAUCAAUUCCAUCUACAUGCAGAAUCACUAUCCGUGCUCAUGAUGGUGGGUGCGGAUCUAUAAUUUUCCAAAAUAACACAGACAAGCUAAUCAGUGGUGGCCAGGAUCAAGCUGUGAAGAUAUGGUCUGCAAAUACUGGUGCUUUAACCUCCACUCUACAAGGUUGCUUGGGGUCUGUCAACGAUCUUGCAGUGACCAAUGAUGACAAGUUUGUAGUUGCUGCCUGUAGCUCUAACAAGUUGUUUGUCUGGGAAAUUAGUGGUGGGCGUCCUCGUCACACUCUGACUGGCCACACGAAAAAUGUUUCUUCUGUAGACGCAAGCUGGGUGAAAAGCCUGAUUAUUGCUAGUUCAUCCAACGAUCGUACUAUCAAGAUUUGGGAUCUCCAAACUGGCUUCUGUAAAAGCACCAUAAUGUCAGCAAGCAACCCCAACUCACUAGCUUUCAUCGAUGGAGAUAUCAUUUGCUCAGGUCACAGGGAUGGAAACCUUCGGUUACACGAUACCCGCAGUGGUAAAUUGUUAACCACAGUAGCUGCUCAUCUUGAUGUCAGCUCGGUAUGUGUAUCUCGGAGCAAAAAUCUUGUUCUUUCUACUGGAAGGGACAAUGUGCACAAGCUUUUUGACCUCAGAAUGGGAAUGCAUACUAUGGAGAUUUGCGGAACAUUCAGGGCCCCAGGUAACAGAGUGGUUGGCAACUGGGGCAGACCUUGUAUAAGCCCUGAUGAAAACUACAUGGCGGCUGGCUCGUCUGAUGGGUCUGUUUACAUAUGGCCAAUAUCAAAGGAUGGUGCACCGACCAUCCUAGAGGGCCAUUCUUUAUCGGUCGUUUCAAGUGCAUGGUGUGGGUUUGGACCUCUUGCCACAGCUGACAAGAAUCAUAUUUAUAUCUGGGCUUGAGAUCUGCAGUUCCUUUGGUCAUCCAAUCCAGGCUGGGGAGAGUUUCACUUGAAUAUGUCAAAUGUUUGUUUCCAGCGAUCCUUGAGAAACACCAGUUUGCAUGUAAAUGACUUGGUUGUGUCCAAUCAAUUGUAAAUAACUGAUAGUAUGGCACGAUCACUUACUUUUCUGUAAACCGAUAGUAAUUUUUUAGGGGAUUCAUCUGUUGCUGGUAAAAUGAAGGGUUUGCAAGGUUUUCUUUUUUUGCGAGUAUUCAAGUUUCUGUCAGUUUUACCAUGUGCAAGCCUGGAUUUAUGAGUA